AUGCUACGAUCGAAGACGAUCUUCGCGAUCUUGCUAGCCUUGAGCUUUCUCUCUAAUAGAGCUCAAGGAGAUAUGAGUCUAAAAAUCUUCGAGCGACGUAGAGUCAUCGGCUAUGCAAUAGUUUCGGAGGACGAGGCUGAGCGCAUUAACGAUAAUAAGCUCUAUGUAGAGGAGUCCGCAUCUCCUACUCAAUUAGGAAAUGGCUUUAUUAUAGUAAGCGAAAUUAGUAAAGAGAUGCGUGGAGAAGAGAAUUGGUAUUGCGCUGUUCAAGCGAACAAGAAUAAGCUGAAGAAUAUCGACAAAGCCUAUAUCCCGAAAUCUUAUAAAAAACGGACUUGGCCUGAGGAACGAAACUUGUGGGGCGAAGGCGAAAAAGCCAUUGUGAGAUACCUCUGGUCAAUAUCAUUCGUGAGAAAGCCCUUUGCAGCGCUGCGCUUCUCAUGGGUGAAGGGUACCACCAAUCAGCAGAUGCAAAUGCUUAUUCCAACGAAAGUGGUAAAUAACGGUGGUUUGGAUUUAUCGGUCCAGUGCUUUGAAUCAGAAGACGAGCUGAAGAGGUUUUCGGACGAUGUCGUUGAUUGGGGCGAUAGUGAAGUUUGGGAUAUUAAAGGAAAUCUUGGAAUACCGGGGGCCCUUAGCUCGUAG